CACUUCUCAGUUGUAUUUCUGCCUUCUGGCUCUUUCUUCUUCUGCUCUUUUUCUUCAAAUUUUCUUUGUGAUCAAAAUUAAAGAACAUAACUCAAGUAUUAUUUUUUCUCAAUUUUUAUUUUAUUUAAUAAAAAAAAGGAAUCUUGCUGCUGUUUUACACGUGUUAAAUCGUAGGCCAUAGCCUUAAGGCUUUUUCUACCAAUAAAACACAUAUUUUAUUUUUCCGACUUUAACACGACAUAGCAACAGAACAUUAUGACUUUCCCUACUGCUGUGAAAAAAUCUGGACCUCUUACUAUCUCAAAAACUGGAUCAGGAUCAAAGACUUUAUCACCAGGAUCUCCUAAAUCACCUGGUUCUCCUCUGUUAAUACCUGGAUCUUCUAAAGCACCGUUAGCUAGUAAAGCAUCCGAAAAGAUCAAUACUGGGUCUUCUGUGAAAAAAUCAUCUGCUACUUUGAAAAGUUCAACUAUUAAAAAUGUUGUUAAACCUGUUAUUGAUGUUAAGUUAGAAGCUGAAAAAACUUUAGCUUCUACUGCCAAAGGAAUGAAAAAAUCAGUGACUAAACCACCUCCACUUAAUAUUAAAGUAACAGAAUCUAAAGGAUUGCAAUCACCUAAAACUCCAACAAAAUCGUCAUUAAAAUCUCAAAUGUUGACUAAAUCUCCUUUGGUAACUAAGCCUGCAUUAGUUUCUAAAUCAACUUCAGUUUCAACUGGAAUGGUUAGAUCACCAUCAAUUACUAAAUCAACUGGAAUGGUUAGAUCACCAUCAAUUACUAAAUCAACUUCAGUUUCAACUGGAAUGGUUAGAUCACCAUCAAUUACUAAAUCAACUGGAAUGGUUAGAUCACCAUCAAUUACUAAAUCAACUUCAGUUUCAACAGGAAUGGUUAAAUCGCCAUCAAUUAUUAAAUCAUCUCAAGCAUCUGUUACUUCAUCAACGACUAAAUCUCCUCAAGUAACCACUGGAGUCAAGUCUUCAACUACAUCUCCUCUCCCAGUUAAAUCAAAAUCAUCUGCUGUGUCUUCUCCAGUUGCUAAAUUACCUCCAGUUGUAUCUAAAACUUCAUUAUCAAAUUCUACUGUUCCAAAGUCACCAACAGGUGUCACUAAUCCUUCAACUAUUGCAUCUAAGUCUGUAGCAUCUACAGAAAAUAAAGAGAACUCUGCAUCAUUAAAAUCAAAAGAACAAGCAAAUGUAGCAAAACCUACCACUUCAAUUAAAAAAGCAACUAUUAUAUCUGUGAAGGGUUCUUCGGGUGCUAAGAGUCCAACUGCACCGACAAACAAACCAUCAGUGAUAUCAAAAUCUUUAUCCACUGCUUCUAGCUUAAAAUCAAAUUCUUUGAAGACUCCUACAUCUCCUUUAAAAUUAUUAACCAAAGAAUCGUCUAGUACUGUAAAGACACUUAAGUCAACUAACAAAACCAGUGAUACUUCUAAAGUGAAUCCAGCAUCUUCAAAAGAUAUUGUUAAAAAAGAAUCUAGUUCUCUAUCACUAUUAUCCGUAAAGUCCUCUUCAACAAUAAACUCAACUAAUUCGCCUGUGUCAAAAACUUCAACUUUAAAAUCUAAUGUUACUCCAUUGUCAUCAUCAUCAGUUACUAAGAAUUUGGUUCCAAAAUCACCAGUAGCAAAAACUAAGCCAUUAUCAGCUGUAAAAGUUCCAUCAUCACCUAUAGUGAAAACUCCAAUGUCAUCAAUUGUUAAAACUCCAUCAUCGCCAAUAGUAAAAACAUCGUUGUCAACAACCGCAAAAAUUAAAACUCCAUCACCAACAGUGAAAACUAGAACUGCUUCAUUAUCAUUAGUCAAACCACCUUUGUCUCCAACAGUAAAAAAAAUGGUACCAACAAAAUUGAUAUUAAGUCCUGGACUAUCUAAAAGCAAGUCUCUUUCAUCUUCUAGACUCAGUUCAGUUUCCACUGAAAGUUUGGCUUCAAAAACAUCUUUAAAAUCUCCCAUGACUCCUAGAUCCACCAAAGUGGUCACAAAAAGUCCUUCAAAAAUAAUUAAGAAAACUGAGGAACCAAAAGCUAAAGGUAUUCGUGGUGGACAACCAAUUAAGAAAACCAUAGAAAUACCAGGAAUAACUGAAUUACCUUCUAAUCUAGUUUCAAACCAACAAGAAACUCUUCAGUUUGAUUUUGUUUUAGAAAAUUCAUUUGAAAGUGUUUCGAAAGAAGAAAAUGAUUCCACAAUCACUCAAAUGCUAAAUCAAGAUUCAUUAGACCUUGAGAAAUUAGAAACUCAUAAAAUGGAUGAAAUUAUUAAUGAUGACUUAGAAAUACCCAAUGAUUUUGUCAAAGAAGAAAAUGUACAUUCAAACAUAGUGAAUGCUCAAAAUGUUAGUUCAUCAUUGGCGGUUCAUGAACAUAAUUUAAAAACUAUUGAAGAAGACUCAAUAGAACCUUCAACAAUACCAUCAUUCAAUGAACAGAAACAAGAAGACAUUUAUAUUUUAUCAGACUUUGAAGUUGUGAAAAAAGAUGAAUGUAUACCAUGUUUAAAUAGUAUUUCUCAAUCUGCUAAUAAUUGUAGUAUUGCUUUUGAUGAUAAUCAUUUUAAUACAACAAAUGAAAACAUUUUCAUAAAACAAUUGGAUGAAACACAAUCGUGUAUAAUAGAUAUAGAUGAUCACUUUGAACCAAUGAAUGACAAAUUAGUUCUAGGAGAUGUGCCAUUUGAAACCGAUUCAAGUCAAGAUGAAAUUUCUGAUAAUGAACAAACUAUUCAAAAAGAAGUAGUUGAAAAUGAAAACUGUGAUGUAGAGCAAAAUGACUGUGUUGAUGAUGUAUUUAUAUUCACAGACAAUUUAUCAAUUAAUAAUUUUGAUAGUGUUGAUAGUACUGAAAAUUUUAUUCAUCAGUUUAUGCCAAAAUCGAUCAAACGAUCUGAAGGUUCAUCAUCUAUUAGUACAGAUGAUGGAAGUCUUCUUAGUCGUAAAUCUUAUUCUGAAGCCGUUUCAGGAUCAUCUAAAGAUGGAGAAUAUUAUUUCGAUUUUGAUUUUGAAAUUGUUGAUGAUUGUUUGGAGUAUGAUGAUGAGGAACGUUCAGUAUUUGUUGAAGUGACAGAAAAAGAAUUUCCAGAACUAAAGCCAAAAGAUUUAUCUGGUAAAAAAAGAAGAAACAAAAAACAAAAAAAAAGAAAUUAUAGUAACAGAACAGAAUCUCAAUCUGAUUCAAAUAAUGAAAUUAAUUACAAUCCUGAAGAUUUUGAUGGAAAUGAAUUUUGUCGUUAUAUCAAGAUGAUGAAGGAUUGUUCAUUUUAUCCAAAUGGAUUAUUUUCAUCAGAUUCAGUCAAAUUAUCUACUUCAUCAUCUCUAUCAUGGUUAGACAUAUCUGUCCGUACUACUGAUGAUGACUUAACGCCAUCUACAGAAAACCUUAGUAUCUAUGAAGUUUUCCAAGCAAGUAAUUUGAACAAAGAGUUUUUAACGUCAAUCAUUGGCUCCAAUGAAUCAACUACAACGAAUGAAACUACCUGGUUUUGGAAAUCUAUCGAAGGUAAACAUCAACCUCACAAUAAAGCCAACAUAACACUCAGUCUUCAACCGAGACCUAAACAUUUAACUACACCUCGUUUCAUGAUUCUUUUGGCACUAAUUAGUGAGGCUAAAGGUUAUGAAAUUAAACCAUCAUUGUCUGAACAUUUUGUCACAAAAGAUUGCAUGCCCAGAUUUGAUGAAAAAAUUAGACGGCUCAUGGUUCAAGGAUUUUGGCUUAUUGGCUGUUUAAUAAAAGAAAGUUUGUCUGAGGAUGAAGAAGUGAAUUGUAACAAUCCAUUUGAGUUUGUAGAUGGCGACAUUGGCUUAUGGUGGGCUGGAAUUAAUAUGUUGGAUUGGCAAGAACACUUAAAAGAAUAUGGUAGUCAAAACCAAACCUUACCAAACUGUUAUCAAUUUGUUAUUGAAAACAUGGGUAUGACUAGACACAAUACAGCCGAAGCUCAAUCAAUCAUGAAUGCUAUACCUGAUGAUUUUAUGAGCGAACUGGAUAUGGAAAAUUUCAUUCACACUGUGCGUAAUGUCAAGUACUACAGUGACACUUGUUUUGUGGACAGUCAAGAGAAUUUAGAAUUACAAAUUGAAGUCUCAGAAGAGGAUGAUGAAGGUCUUAUAGAAUGGGAAAAAAACUCUGUUGAAAAAAUUUAAAUACUUGAUGUUUUUAACAAUUGUUAAGGUUUAAAAUAUUUAGUAAGAUAAAUAACAGU